AUGAGGACGGCCAGGCGAGCCAGCAACGUGGAGGUGCCCUCCUUCCUCCGUCAGCUGGUCAAAGAGACGGAGAAGAUGGUCACCUUCUUCUUCAAAGGGGGAUCCAGGGAAACGGGGCCCGGAGAGGAGGACGACCUGGACGAGGAUGACUCGAUGCCGAGCCCGUACCUGGAGCGCCCCAUCCUAGAGAAGCACGUGUCAGAGGGGGGGUCCCAUUUGGGGGUGAACUAUGCUGUGGCCAGCAUGCAGGGCUGGAGGGCUCAGAUGGAGGACGCCCACACAUGCAUGCCCCAACUGAGAGGAGAGCUGACAGACUGGGGAUACUUUGCUGUUUUUGAUGGACAUGCAGGCACCACAGUGGCACAGUACUGCGCCAGAAACCUGCUGGAUCAUGUCAUGGCUACAGGUGGGAUCACAGCAAACGAGGACCCUGAGCAGGUGAAGGAAGGGAUCCGUGAAGGCUUCCUCGACAUCGACCGUCACAUGCACAAACUGGCUCGCCAGGACAACUGGGACAGAAGCGGCUCCACGGCGGCCGCCGUCAUGAUCUCGCCGCGCCACAUUUACUUCAUCAACUGCGGAGACUCGCGCACGCUGCUCUGCCACAACGGCCAGGUGGUCUUCUACACCGAGGACCACAAGCCGUUCAACCCCAGGGAAAAGGAGCGCAUCCAGAACGCUGGCGGCUCGGUGACCCUGCAGAGAGUCAACGGCUCGCUGGCUGUCUCCAGAGCGCUGGGAGACUUUGACUUCAAGGAGGUGGACUGGAGGCCGCAGACGGAGCAGCUGGUGUCGCCGGAGCCGGAGGUGUACGAGCUGGAGAGGACGCCUGAAGACGAGUUCCUCAUCCUGGCGUGCGACGGCGUGUGGGACGCCAUUGGGAAUGAAGAACUGUGCGCGUUUGUGCGCAGCCGCCUGCAGGUGUGCGACGACCUGAGAGAGAUCUGCACCCAAGUCAUUGACCUCUGCCUCUAUAAGGGCAGCCUGGAUAACAUCAGCAUCAUCCUCGUCUGCUUCCCCGGCGCCCCCCAGGUGUCGCAGGAGGCACUGCAGCAGGAGGCCGAGCUGGAGCAGCAGAUUGAUAUGAAAGUGGAAGAAAUUCUUCAGAUGAUGCGGUCCAGAGAAGAGGACCCCGACCUUCUGUAUGUGAUUAAAUUCCUGGCAGCUGAGGAGAUGCCUGGGCUUCCACCAGGAGGAGGCAUCACCAGCAAACGAGACUGUAUCAUUUCUGCAUAUCAAAAACACGUCAUGGCUCUGAGGAGUCAGGAGCCAAUGGACAUCGAAGGAUCAGAGGAAGACUCAAAUUGAAGCAGUUACCAUGGAAACAGAGUCAACAUCAGCUUCACAGUCUCUAUGGAGACCACGAUGCUUAAAUGAGAAACUUUACAUUUUAGACGAGCGCUAAACUGCGGACGAUUCCUCAUGUGAUAUAUUCUCUUUGACUACAGCCAUAAAUAUUUGCUUCCUGGUCGAUUAAAAUGAAAUUUGGAUGAAA